AUGAAUAAUCAGCCACAGGGUAGCAACAGCGUUCCUAAUAGUAUUGGCAACAUAUUUAGCAACAUUGGAACGCCUUCUUUCAAUAUGGCGCAAAUCCCGCAACAGCUGUACCAGAGCCUCACUCCGCAGCAAUUGCAGAUGAUUCAGCAACGACACCAGCAGUUAUUAAUGAGUCGCCUACAGCAACAACAGCAACAACAGCAACAACAGCAACAAACUUCACCACCGUCGCAAACGCAUCAAUCUCCACCUCCACCCCCUCCUCCACAACAAUCUCAACCAAUGGCUAAUCAAUCUGCGACUUCUACACCUCCUCCUCCAGCCCCACAUAAUCUGCCUCCCCAAAUGAGUCAGAUGCCUUUAGCUCCAGCAUCUAUUAACUUACCUCCACAAAUUGCGCAGUUGCCUUUGGCUACACAGCAGCAAGUUUUGAAUAAAUUGAGACAACAGGCGAUAGCAAAAAAUAAUCCGCAAGUUGUGAAUGCCAUUGCUGUUGCACAACAACAGGUGCAGCGUCAAAUUGAGCAACAAAGGGGACAACAAACUGCCCAAACCCAACUUGAACAACAGAGGCAAUUAUUAGUCCAGCAGCAGCAGCAGCAACAACUAAGAAACCAAAUACAACGACAACAGCAGCAACAGUUUAGGCAUCAAGUACAGAUACAACAGAAGCAACAGCAACAGCAACAGCAGCAACAGCAGCAACAGCAGCAACAGCAACAACAGCAGUUACAACAGCAACAGCUACAACAACAGCAGCAACAGCAACAACAGCAGCAACAACAGCAACAACAGCUACUGCAGCAACAACAACAACAACAACAACAACAACAACAACACCUACAGCUACUGCAGCAAGGACAACUCUCGCAAGCACAGCAAACAGCUCAAACUAGAACGUUGAGUGGUCAGUCAUCCACCAGUAUUCAAUCUACGGUUGGCCAACUUCCACAACUUCCUAAAUUAAAUCUACCCAAGUUUCAAACAAUUCAAUACGACCCGCCAGAAACUAAACUGCCAUACCCAAAGUAUUGGUCGGAUAAAGAGGCAGACACUGAUACUUUAUUGUACGAACAAAUUAUUCAGCGUGACAAACUUAAUAAACUUUCGUUAAUAAGAGAAACCAAUGGCUACGAUCCAUUUAGCAUUUAUGGAUUUAGUAAUAAAGAGUAUAUUAGUAGAUUGUGGCAUACAUUGAAAUAUUAUCAAGAUUUGAAGAGUACUAGGAUGAAAUCCAUCACUAGCACAUCUCAGAAGAUUCCAUCGGCAAGUAUCUGGGGGGACGGUUAUUCAGGGUAUGGUAAUGGAAUUACAAAUACAACUACCAGAGUUAUCCCACAAGUGGAAGUUGGUAAUAGAAAACAUUAUCUGGAGGAUAAGUUAAAAGUCUAUAAACAAGCUAUGAAUGAAACAUCAGAGCAGUUAGUUCCUAUAAGGUUGGAGUUCGAUCAAGAUCGUGAUAAAUUCUUUUUGAGAGACACUUUAUUGUGGAACAAGAAUGAUAAGUUGAUCAAGGUGGAAGACUUUGUGGAUGAUAUGUUACGAGAUUAUCGAUUUGAGGACGCUACUAGGGAACAACAUAUUGAAACUAUAUGUCAAUCUAUACAAGAGCAAAUCCAAGAGUUUCAAGGGAAUCCAUAUAUAGAAUUGAACCAAGACCGCCUAGGCGGUGAUGACUUGAGAAUCAGGAUCAAGCUGGAUAUUGUCGUGGGACAAAAUCAAUUAAUUGACCAAUUUGAAUGGGACAUCUCUAAUAGUGAUAACUGUCCAGAAGAGUUUGCAGAGUCUAUGUGUCAAGAAUUAGAACUACCUGGUGAAUUUGUCACUGCCAUUUCCCACUCCAUAAGAGAACAGGUUCAUAUGUACCAUAAAUCGUUAGCAUUACUGGGUUAUAAUUUUGAUGGAUCAGCGAUAGAAGACGAUGAUAUCAGAAGCAGGAUGUUGCCAAUGAUUACUAUUGAUGAUAUUUAUAGACCUGCAGCGGAAAGUAAAAUUUUCACUCCAAACCUCUUGCAGAUAUCUGCUGCCGAAUUGGAAAGAUUGGAUAAAGAUAAGGAUAGAGACACCAGAAGGAAAAGGAGACAAGGUAGAUCUAAUAGGCGUGGUAUUCUCGCAAUGUCUGGUACAUCGGCAAACGGUAUGUCCAUGAACGGUAUCCAUAAUCCAGCAGCAGUAGGGAGUGCUUCAUCGUUACCAUCGGGAGAGAUUUUACUACCAGACAUUGCAGAUAUUCCAAGAACUUUCAGAACUCCAGUUCCAAGUACUUUAAUGCCCGGUGGUGUUGAUGUGGGUCCCUCUGUGGAAUCUUACGAGUUAAGAAACACAACUACGCACAAAACUAGGCCGGAUAGACCAAAAUCAGUCUCACCCUCUUGCUACAUCAUUGAUCAUAUUCCAGGACAUUCGCUAUUGCUUUCUAUCAAAAUACCUAGAAAAGAUGACGCCAAAAAAGAUUUGUCCCUGACGAUUAACGAACCAAAUAUCAACAACAAUUCAAUGCUUCCGGAUGCAGAGUCACUAAAAACAAAACUAAAUGAUAACAUUCGUGCUGAUGUGGCUAUUUCAUCACUUCCAAAUCCGAUUGAUAAUCACAUUGUUACUAAUUCUGCCAAUCAAACAUUACAGCCUAUGAUUCCUGUCGGAUCAGCCGGUAAAUCAGUGCCAACAUCUUCUGCACCGAUGCCACCUCCAAUAAACACUUAUGACAACGAACAAACAUCGUCAAACAACAAUAACAGUAGUAGUCGUAUUAAUACAUAA